AUGGCUUUUGGUUUGAUGGCACUGGCGCUGGUGGCGCUGGUGGCUGCGGCUCAGGGGAGCGCGGCUGCAAGUAUGGACGUGACGGUGGAUUUGGGUCAGACGACGCCGUUGGCGCAUUACUGGAAGGAGUGCGUCGGCAGCGGGCACGCUUUGCUGGCCACGCGCGUUGACUGGCGUUCCCAUCUGGUCAACGCCUCGCGUGACCUGGGCUUUCGCCGCGUGCGCUUCCACGGUAUUCUCGAUGAUGACAUGAGCGUCGUCCUGAACGAGAACAAGACCGACUACAACUACUACAACGUCUUCCAGGUCUACGACUAUCUCCUCUCCCUCUCCGUCCAGCCCCUGGUCGAGCUCUCCUUCAUGCCUCGCCAGUUUGUUACCUGCCCGGAGAGCGGCUGCCAGUAUGCCUUCAACAACCCCGCUGGUGGCUACAAGGGUCUGGUCAUGCCCCCGGACAACUUUAGCGACUGGUACGCCCUCGUCAACAACUUUGUUCAUGCCCUCACCGACCGCUACGGCCGCGAGGAGGUGAGCCAGUGGCAUUUCGAGGUCUGGAACGAGCUCUGGGGCAUGCCCUUUCCCGAUGACUACAUGAGCCUCUACAAUGCUAGCCUCCGGGCUGUCAAGGACGUCGACGCCAACUACUCGGUCGGCGGUCCCGCCACCAUGCAGGUGCAAGACGUGGCCGAGUUUAUCAAGGAGUGCGACAAGCGCGGCCUGACCUUUGACUUUGUCAGCACCCACCUUUACCCCACCGACCCCAACUGCGAAGGCAACUCGGACGAGGACUGCUUUGCCCAUGUCCUCAUGAACACCAGCAAGAUUGUGCAACCGACCGGCAAGCCUACGUUCAUCACCGAGUAUAACGACGGCCUCGACAACAACCCCAUCAACCAUCGUGAUCGGGCUUUUGCGGCCGCCUUUAUCUUUCACCAGGUCGAGCGCCUGCGCGAGAGUCUCGCCCUCUUCUCCUGGUGGACUUUUACCGAUAUCUUUGAAGAGGAGGGCAUGUUCGCUACUCCCUUCUUCAACCAGUUUGGUCUGCAAAACGUCCACGGUGUUGCCAAGCCUGCCUACCGCGCCUUCCAGCUCCUCAAUGGCGCUGGUAGCCUCUUGGCUAGCACCUCAGUGCCUGACAACUCUGUCAUCACCGUGAUGCCCGCGCUGGAAACAACGGGCCAUGCCGACAACCUGCGCCUGUACAUUGCCAACUACCGCCGCCCCGACUUUGCCGAGCCCCCAACCUACAACCUCACCCUCCAAGUCCGCGGCGUGACCAGCGGCGCCACCUCUGGGACCGCCACCAUCUACCAUCUCGAUGAUGAGCACCUGCACGCCUUUGCUACCUGGGAGCAAAUGGGCUCCCCCGAGUACCCCACAACCAAACAGCUGGACGAGAUGCGUGCUGCUGCCGAGCUCAAGCCGGAAACCAUCACCUACAACCGUGAUACCUCGGGCCACGUCCAGCUGACCCUGACGCUUCAGCCUUACACCGCUGCCGUGGUCGUUUUCUAAGUGUGC